CGUCAAGAGGGCAAGAAUAAGAGCUUCGGAGAUAGCAAGAAGAGAGGUAAAUCUAUUGAGUGGACAACUUCUAUCGAGACUGAGCCUUCAAAAGUUCAAUAACGGCCUGCAUCCCUAACUGAAGGGCGCCGCAGAGAAGUAUGCCUCCACGCAAGCGGGCGCAACCUGCGGCAAGCGAUGCUGUCACUCCAUCCGCGAGUACACAAGGCAGGAGGUCUUCAAAAGUCGGCGUUGCCCACAAACCAAAGUCGGUCUCCAGCAUACCUACAGUAACCGAACCGCAAGAACACGAUCACAACGAUGACCAUUCGCAUCCCCAUAAACCGCGGAAAGUCGAUCCUUUUGACGCCCUACUUGAGCCUUUCUAUUAUAACAAAUCCCUCACCGAUCCUAUCAACACCGCCCGAGACAAAUGGAAUCUGCUCCCUGCCUUUCUGAAAGUCAAGGGACUCGUUAAGCAACACAUCGACUCCUACAACUACUUCAUUGAAGUGCAACUUAAGAAAAUCAUACAGGCUAGUUCGACGAUAUAUUGCGAGUCUGAUGAUGCCUUUUAUCUCAAAUUUACAGAUAUCUAUGUCGGCAGUCCUCGUCGGAGUGAUGAAUCUAAAGAACAGGUCGACUUCGAUUCAACGGUAAAUCCAAAUGAAUGUCGUCUCCGGGACGCGACAUACGCUGCCCCGAUUUUCGUCGAUUUUGUAUAUAUACGUGGUCGUGAACGAGUUAGGAAGAAGGGCAUACCUAUCGGCCGCAUGCCGGUCAUGUUGAGGAGCUCGAAAUGUGUGCUCUCGAACAAGAAAGCCGCCGAAAUGCAUCUUUUGAAUGAAUGUCCACUUGAUCCAGGUGGCUACUUCAUCGUAAAUGGCACCGAAAAAGUCAUUUUAGUCCAGGAACAGCUAAGCAAGAAUCGUAUCAUCGUCGAAACCGACCCGAAGAAGGAGAUUGUGCAAGCUUCCGUCACCAGCUCAUCCAACGAACGCAAGUCGAAGAGUUAUAUUCUCCUAAAGAAGGACCGUUUAUACCUUAGGCAUAACGUUCUCAGUGAAGACGUUCCUCUCGUCAUUGUUCUUAAAGCCAUGGGAGUCCAUUCGGACAAGGAAAUCAUUCUUCUCGUUGCCGGUCUUGAUGAUCUAUAUCUCGAGGAUUUUGCCAUCAAUUUCGAGGAGGCAAUAAAGCAGAAUGUUUACACGCAGCAACAAGCUCUGGACUGGCUAGGGUCAAAAAUCAAAAUCAACCGUGGCAAGAACACAAAUUACAAGAAGACUCACACCGAAGAAGCUAUUGAGGCCAUUUCUUCUGUCAUUAUUUCUCACGUCGAAAUUACGGACAUGGACUUCAGACCCAAGGCCCUAUACGUUGCGAACAUGGCCCGACGUGUUUUGAUGGCUAAGCACGACCCGGGUAUGGUUGAUGACCGAGACUAUGUGGGAAACAAGAGACUAGAACUUGCGGGUCAGCUCCUCGCCUUACUUUUUGAAGAUCUUUUCAAAAAGUUCUGCUUUGAUAUCAAGAUGAACAUCACUAAAGUGCUGAGCAAGAGGCGCCGCACUGAGGCUUUUGACGCAAUGAGCGUCGUUGCUUUGCAUGCAAAUCACAUUACUCACGGUAUGAAUCGAGCUAUCUCGACCGGAAAUUGGAGCCUUAAGCGUUUCCGUAUGGAACGUGCGGGAGUUACUCAUGUUUUGAGUAGGCUCAGUUACAUUGCAGCAUUGGGCAUGAUGACUAGGAUAUCCAGUCAAUUCGAGAAAACUAGAAAGGUUAGUGGGCCUCGAGCCUUGCAGCCAUCCCAAUUCGGCAUGCUUUGUCCUUCAGAUACACCAGAAGGCGAGGCUUGUGGUUUGGUGAAGAAUCUUGCGCUUAUGACACACAUUACAACCAACGAUGAAGAGGGUCCAGUCUCAAAGUUGGUAUUUAUGCUAGGCGCAGAAGACAUAAUCACCUUGAGUGGCAUGGAGAUAUAUGGCCCAGGAGCUUACAUCAUUUCCAUGAACGGAACACCCAUGGCCCUGACGAGGCGACCUAAACACUUUCUCGAUUCAUUUCGUAGAUUGCGGCGGAUGGGACGAAUAUCUGAAUUUGUGAGCAUAUACAUUAACCACCAUCAGCGAGCUGUUCAUAUUGCAACCGAUGACGGACGAAUUUGUCGACCUCUAAUUGUCGUUUCCAAUGGUAAACCUGUCGUUAAUACGAAGCACUUGGGGAAGCUCCGGGACGGAUCUAUGCAAUUUGAUGACUUUCUUGCCCAGGGCUUGGUCGAGUAUUUGGACGUGAACGAAGAGAACGAUUCCAACAUUGCUAUUUACGAGCAGGAUGUAUCUGACACUACGACUCAUCUUGAGAUUGAGCCUUUUACCAUUCUUGGCGCUGUCGCUGGUCUCAUUCCAUACCCUCACCAUAACCAGUCGCCCCGAAAUACAUACCAGUGUGCUAUGGGUAAACAAGCCAUUGGUGCCAUCGCUUCUAAUCAAUUUUUGCGGAUUGAUACCUUACUUUAUCUCAUGGUGUAUCCUCAAAAGCCCAUGGUGAAGACACGCACGAUUGAACUUAUCAAAUACGACCAGCUUCCAGCCGGUCAAAACGCCACUGUUGCCGUCAUGAGUUAUUCAGGUUACGAUAUUGAGGACGCCCUGGUGCUGAAUAAAGGAUCCGUCGAUAGGGGCUUCGGACGGUGCCAAGUGUUUCGCAAAUAUGCCACCAGUUUGAAGAGCUAUCCGAAUGGAUCAGAGGAUAGGCUUGUAGGACCUGAAUUUGAUCAAGGUGUUCCAAUAUCGAAACACGCUCUUAUCGACAGCGACGGAUUGGCUGCAGUUGGUGAAAAGAUCAGCCAAGGUGAGGUAUAUAUCAACAAAGAAGUUCCAGAUGCUGCUUUCUCUACCGGCAUCACGGGGUCUGAUGUGGGACGGCCAACCAAGUAUUCUGCAGCGCCCAUGACUUACAAACUUCCCGAUCCAAGUUAUGUCGACAAAGUCAUGAUUUCUGUCACCGAAGGCGAGGGUAGGAUCUACAAAGUUCUAACCCGACAGACACGCAGGCCCGAGGUAGGCGAUAAAUUCUCUUCUCGUCACGGUCAAAAAGGCGUUGUUGGGAUUAUUGCCGAGCAGGCAGAUAUGCCGUUCACCGACCAGGGCAUUGUACCAGACAUUAUCAUGAACCCGCAUGGUUUCCCCUCCCGAAUGACGGUUGGCAAAUUACUUGAGCUGGUUGCAGGCAAGGCUGGUGUCUUAUCUGGCCAACAUGGUUACGGGACGGCCUUUGGCGGUAGCCCCGUUGAGCAAAUGUCAGCCAUCCUUGUUGACAAGGGCUUUAGCUAUGGCGGUAAAGAUUACCUGACAUCUGGGAUAACUGGCGAACCUCUUCCUUUCUACGUCUUUACAGGUCCAAUCUACUACCAGAAGUUGAAGCACAUGGUUCAAGACAAGAUGCACUCUCGCGCCACUGGGCCACGUACCACACUUACCCGCCAACCGACUGAGGGUCGUUCCCGAGAUGGCGGUUUACGUCUCGGAGAGAUGGAACGUGAUUGCCUUAUUGCUUAUGGUACAAGUCAGCUUUUACUCGAACGUUUGAUGCUUUCAUCUGACAAGCACGUGGUUGACAUUUGCGAGAAGUGUGGUUUUAUGGGCUACCACAACUGGUGUCAACGUUGUCGCUCGUCGCGAGGGGUCUUGAAAAUGACCAUUCCCUACGCAGCCAAGCUACUGAUUCAAGAGUUGCUUAGUAUGAAUGUUACGGCGCGACUAAAACUUGAAGAUGAGUUCCCCGAAGACCGUGGUAUGUAAAGGACAUUAGAAUUGAGCAUGAUUUUUGACUACUUUUUCUUGGAUUAUCUUUGCAUAGCGUUUGGGAAUGCAUAUUUGUACAUAGAAGAGGUAAAAGUGCAAUUAAGGAUCACAUAUUUUUAUCUAUG